AUGUUGGGAAAAAACAGGUAUUCUACCUGAUAAUGAAGUUCACCGACCUAUUACUAUGGAAGUUGAUCCUGAAAUAGAUGAUGCAGUGCAAUUACUUAUUGAUCAAAUCAAUGAGCCAAAAGAAUUAGGAUCUAAUAAAAAUGGGCUAACCGGCGUUAUAAAGAAAAAAUUCUCAGACUCUUCAAUAGAUUGA